GCAACAAGGAGACCUCGAUAUUGUGUUCAACCUCGUUUCAGUAAAACGUGUAAAGGAAAAUGGCGGUCGCCCGAAUUGAACAGCUGUUGACAUCAACAGAUUGAAACAAUGCUUCAAGAAUCAUUCUUAACAGUCCUUCUUCAUUUGGCAGCUUUCAGGCUACUGCUACAUUAGCAAUUUGAGUUUCAAGAUUUACCUUGUGAUUCGAGAAAAUUCAAUACAAUUCUCUGUAUGUGCUGGGUUUGUGUGUUUUUGUUCAUGUAAAACUGGAGACAUCCAAUCGAUGAAUAUCUUCAGGAGCAGAUUAGUUUCCAAACGAGAAAGCCCAUUCAAGAUUAUACAUGGAAAAUGGCUUGCAAGCUGUGGAACCGAAGAAAUGCAUGCAAUAGCUAACAUUAAGCCACCAAAUAUUGUGGUAUUCAGCAGAAAGCCAGAUUCAUUGACAACAUGGAGGAGUCUUCUUCAAACUGUUCUAUCUCAAGAAGCAUAUGUGAUUUACAGUUUGCCCGAGAAAGAUUUUGUUAAAGACUAUUGGAAGUCAAAUACAGUCAUGCUAGUUUUGGAUCAAAUUAAGCUGGAUUAUCUCCAAAAGGAACAAGUUGAUAGCUAUGUUUUUCUUGGAGGAAAAGUUUUCUCUCAUUGUAGCACAUAUCCAGUUGCAAAUGAAGUAUCCAAUUUGUUAGACCCUGCUUGCUCUGAUAAAACUGUACAACAGGGAUGUAUUUUCAGCUCCUAUGAUAGAGAGAUUGAGUUUCAGGGCACCGUGGUAAAUGAAAUCAAGGACUCACUGGGAAGCUACACCAUGGAAGCAUUGUGUAAAACAAUAUCUCAUCAACAUCCUGUUGUGAAUCCAAGCAAGUUUGGAAAUGGCCUUGUAGUUACAUCUGCUUUAAAUUUCCAAUCAGUUUUCAAGAAUGAAUUUAUCAAUGAGAAGGAACUUGGGGAAAACGGAAAGUCUGCACUAACUCUGUUGAAAAUGGUCUUUGAAGCCCUUGGUAUGAAAUGUCUUGAUCCAGGGUCAACAUUGAAUAUAAAACUGACGCCUGGGCAUGUUUAUGGAGACAGAAAGAUUGUUGCAAAAUUUAUUCCAGCACUUAAAGCUAGAAUUGAAGAGAGACAUGGACAAUAUAAAGAUAAAUCUCGAAUCGUGUUGCUCGAUGAGAAACAUUCUGGAUCAGAAUUUCCUCUUGACGUGAAGCAUUUUCAUAUAAUAGUUCCAGAUGAUAUAGGGAAAAUUUCAAAGUCAGAUGAAAAAUUCAACUAUGCAACUUACAAGUUCAAUCUAAAAAGUGAAACCAUUGGUAGACUCUUGGUUUACUCAAAUGUUGUAUCAUCAACACAAUCUAUUGUUGAAAGUAUUGUUUCACUGCUGUCUGGCCCCAAUGGACUAGUCGUUGCUGCAGGCCAACAAACUCAAGGAAAAGGUAGAGGAGGGAAUGUUUGGCUUUCACCAUUCGGCUGUAUGAUGUUUUCAGUUUUGGUACAGAUUCCUUCAUCGUCACUUCUAGGCCAAAGGAUGCCAUUUUUACAACACAUUGCAGCCGUGGCCUUUGUCAGAUCCGUUCGAAGUAAAGAAGGUUAUGAGGACAUCAAUGUGCGCAUAAAAUGGCCCAACGACAUUUACGUUGGAGACAGCAUCAAAAUUGGCGGACUCAUUGUUAAUUCGUCGUAUAUGGAUGGCAAAUUUAGUGCUGUUAUUGGUAUUGGUGUAAAUGUCAAAAAUAAAAAGCCUACAAUAUGUCUGAAUUCGGUAAUAGAUGAACACAAUAAACAAAAGAACACUCAUUUAGAACAUUUUUGUAUUGAAGAACUAGUGGCUGCCACGCUUUCGAAUAUUGAGAAAAUCAUGGCGGAGUUCGAAGAAUAUGGAGUCGAGGAAUUCUGCAAAAUCUAUUGUAAAUAUUGGCUGCAUAGCAAUCAAGCCGUCAAAAUUGAGGCAGAUGAUGAAGAGGUUAUUAUCAAAGGCCUGGACACUAAUGGAUUUUUAUUGGUGGAGAGCAAAGAUCGUGGUUUCCUUUCCUUACAGCCAGAUGGCAAUUCUUUUGAUAUGAUGAAAGGACUUAUCAAAAUAAAGGAAAGGACUUAAGCUGGAUCAUAUUCUUCAGAAACGUAGCAUCGCACUCAUACCUCGUCCAACCAAACUUCGGCCCCUGCGGAGGAGAAACAAGAAUCAGAAUAAUACUAGAAAAAGAGGUAUAUACAUUUAUAGUACAGCAAAAACUAUUUACUCUAUAUUUUAUUGUACUAAUGUAUGCAACUGCGCGUACUGAAUAUUACCAUGUAAUGUUGUUGAAUUUGGUUUGAUUUGUAGUUUGAUUACCAAGUUGAAUGAUGA